UACACUGCCAUUUUCCAAGGGGUUUGUUGGACUCCAGAUUCUUCCACCUCUUCUUCACCACGUCAAUAUCAAGAGCAGAUUUUCCUCAUUUAUUUAUUAAGUUUCCAAUUCCUCUCUCAUUACUAUUCACCUGAAAAGCGAAGAAGAAGCACAUGCUUGAUCUCCGCACUCUCACAACAUAGAGUGUGACGAUCGGAGAUCCGAAAUCACACGCAUCUGCUUGGGUGUGUGUGUGUGUUUAUGCGCUAGAUACGGCGGUGUCAGCGACCGCGGAGCAUUGUCAAAUCGGCUAUCGACCUACACCUCUUUAAUGGCCGAUGAGCCUAUGCCUACGCGCUGGUCGUUUCAGGAAUUUAAAUUGUUUUAUGAUUCCAAGUUUGGGAGGAAGAGGGAGUCCGAGCAGAAAGAUACAACUGCAAAUGGUCAAAUUGUGCCUAAUGGAGACCAAUCAAAUGGAACGGCCAAUGGAAGUACCAGUGUGAAGAACACGUCUGACUUGGCUAUCUAUGAGCAGUUCAGGAUUCAGAAUGGCGGGAAUGUGGUCCAAUCUAAUGGAGCAUCUUUAGCACAAGAUGAUAAACCGCAAAGAUCUUUACUUCCUCCUUUUGAGUCAGCAGAAGUGCGUGCUUUGGCGGAGAGUUUAUGUAGAGAUAUCAUCCGUGGUAGUCCAGAUAUUAAAUGGGAAUCAAUAAAAGGAUUAGAGAAUGCAAAACGGCUUCUGAAAGAAGCUGUUGUUAUGCCUAUAAAAUAUCCGCAGUACUUUACUGGUCUUCUAACACCGUGGAAAGGAAUUCUUCUUUUUGGCCCCCCUGGAACGGGAAAGACCAUGUUGGCAAAAGCUGUGGCAACUGAGUGCAAAACAACAUUCUUCAACAUUUCCGCAUCAUCAAUUGUUAGCAAAUGGAGGGGUGAUUCUGAGAAACUGGUAAAAGUAUUGUUUGAGCUUGCUAGGCAUCAUGCACCAUCAACUAUUUUCCUGGACGAAAUUGAUGCAAUUAUCAGCCAACGAGGUGAAGGGCGCACCGAACAUGAAGCAAGCAGGCGUCUGAAGACUGAGCUGCUUAUACAGAUGGAUGGCUUGACAAAGACAGAUGAACUUGUAUUUGUUCUGGCUGCAACCAAUCUCCCAUGGGAACUAGAUGCAGCAAUGCUUAGGCGUCUGGAAAAGCGGAUCCUGGUACCACUUCCGGAACCUGAAGCAAGACAAGCGAUGUUUGAAGAAUUACUGCCAUCAAAAUAUGGCGAGGAACUUUCUUAUGAUUUAUUAGUUGAGAAGACCGAUGGUUAUUCAGGGUCAGAUCUUCGCCUUUUAUGUAAGGAAGCUGCUAUGCAACCAUUGAGACGGCUAAUGGCAUCUCUUGAGGAGACGCAAGCAGAACGGGGGCCUGAGGAUGAGAUGCCAAAGGUUGGGCCAAUCACACAGGGAGACAUAGAGGUGGCAUUGAGGAACACCAGACCUUCUGCUCAUCUCCUUGCACAUCGUUAUGAGAAAUUUAACGAAGACUAUGGAAGCCAAAUACUCCAAUGAAGGCGCACACAUCUGUUCCUUACCUGUUAUUUAUUUUCUGACAUGCUGUGGUGUGUUAUCAUAUGAAGAUCGAGGGCUUUAAAUAACAUCAGUUGUUUCCUGUUGAA